AUGUCUGUAGACAACAAAGGCAACAUCAAUGACCGCGAGGCGGCGGAGAACUGGCAGUCGAACAAGUCGCAGUAUCCGAAUCUAGAUGUGCUCGUGCAGCCGGACGAGUACAUGCUCGCACGGCUACCGCCUACUUUGCGACUGCCAACACCGCUGCUGGAGCUCAUCUCGAACCCUCCUGCUGUCGAGGGCAGCGAGCCGCUUUUCUGCACCGUCUCACGCACCCACCGCGAGCUCAGCAUCCUCGUCUCCACAGGCACACAUUUUAGCGCCACGAAACUCCGAUCGCAACUAGGCUCGCCCGGUCCAGAAGACGAGGCUGACGGGUUUGGGAUCGACGGCCCGUGGAGAGCGUUCCGCAUCCGCGGUCCGAUGCAGUUCCACCUCGUAGGCGUCCUGCUCGAGUUCAGCAAGUGCCUCGCCGCACACUCGAUAUCCAUCUUUGCCGUGUCCACCUGGGACACCGACUACAUCUGUGUCAAGCAGGACAAUUUCGACGCCGCGUGUGACGCUCUUAAGCAGGACGGCUGGAACGUCGUCCACGCCGCUGAUUAG